GGGAUUCCCCGCUUCAUUUCGCGGAGGGAAUGGCUGGUUGUGAGGAUUCUCCGAGCGGCGGGCGAGGGCGCGCGGCCCCGAGGGGGUGCCCCGACGGUUCGAAGAAGUCGGUGUCGCGCGAGCUUCUCCUUGCAGGCUGCGCAAGCGCAGGCGGGUUUCAGGACACAUUACUCAUUGGUUCCAAAGGCAAGAGCAUGGGCUUGCAGACUGUCAGAGUGGAGCCAAGCAGCAUUUUAGAAAGAGUGAAGAACUUCUUACCUCACAUUGAACAGGCCAACAAAAAACUAAGAGAGGAAAUAGCAUCGGGUCCCCCAGGCCUGUUCAGUAUUGAAAAUGUUGAUGACUCCCUGGAAAAGAUCAUAGAAAUGGAUGUGGCUGUGGUGGAGAUGAGCAGCUCUGAUUCUGAAGAUCUCAGUUCAGGAGAGAGUUCGGAAUCUGAGGAUGAAAACAGCAUCACUGGAGAGGUCACCACAGAGAAUAUUAAGUUUCCAAAACCAGGAGGAAGAAAAGGCAAGAUCGAAGUCUUGGACAGUUGAAUAACCAAAUGAAUGAACCUAUCUGUCUGUCUUGGGCUACACUCCACAUUCAGGUGACAUAUACCCCUCAGGCUUCAGGGAAUCAUUCACGUGAUUGGCUGUUGUCCAAUUCAUGGGACAUGUGUGCUGUUUCUGUACAUGUUGUAUAUAAUUCACUGAAGUUAUGUGUGAAAGUCAAGUUUUCUAGCACCUUGCUGAAAAUGUCUGACAAGUAGAUAAAUGGAACUAAAUAAAUACUUUUACAAUCAA